AUGCCUCUGCGGGAUGAAACCCUCCGAGAGGUGUGGGCCUCUGACAGAAGGGGGCUGCAGUUCCCCCCGGAUAAUCUGCGGUUAUUUCUGGCGGCUCAAGGGAUUAGAGGGGGAUGGGCGGGCCUCAGCGCCCCCCUUUCCUUCCUCGACCUCCUCUUGACCCCCGUUCCGCAGCGACCCGCCCCGGCACAGAGGCUAAGGAAGAAGAGGACGGAGGCCCCCGAAUCCCCCUGCCCCACGGGAUCCAAGCCCCGGAAGCCCGGAGCUGGGCGGAGGGGGAGGCCGCGGGAGGAGCCUUCCCCAGACCCAGCCCAGGCCCGGGCGCCGCAGACGGUCUACGCCAGGUUCCUCAGGGACCCCGAGGCCAAGAAGCGCGACCCCCGGGAAACCUUUCUGGUAGCCCGUGCCCCAGACGCGGAGGACGAGGAGGAGGAGGAAGAGGAGGAUGAGGAUGACGAGGAAGAGGAGGCAGAGGAAAAGAAAGAGAAAAUCCUUCUGCCUCCCAAGAAGCCCCUGAGAGAGAAGAGCUCCGCAGACCUGAAGGAGAGGAGGGCCAAGGCCCAGGGCCCAAGGGGAGACCUGGGAAGCCCUGACCCCCCACCGAAACCUCUGCGUGUUAGGAAUAAGGAAGCUCCAGCAGGGGAGGGGACCAAGAUGAGAAAGACCAAGAAGAAAGGGUCUGGGGAGGCCGACAAGGACCCCUCAGGGAGCCCAGCCAGUGCGAGGAAGAGCCCAGCAGCCAUGUUUCUGGUUGGGGAAGGCAGUCCUGACAAGAAAGCCCUGAAGAAGAAAGGCACUCCCAAAGGCGCGAGGAAGGAGGAAGAAGAGGAGGAGGAGGCAGCUACGGUGACAAAGAACAGCAAUCAAAAGGGCAAAGCCAAAGGAAAAGGCAAAAAGAAAGCGAAGGAGGAGAGGGCCCCGUCUCCCCCCGUGGAGGUGGACGAACCCCGGGAGUUUGUGCUCCGGCCUGCCCCCCAGGGCCGCACGGUGCGCUGCCGGCUGACCCGGGACAAAAAGGGCAUGGAUCGAGGCAUGUAUCCCUCCUACUUCCUGCACCUGGACACGGAGAAGAAGGUGUUCCUCUUGGCUGGCAGGAAACGAAAACGGAGCAAGACAGCCAAUUACCUCAUCUCCAUCGACCCUACCAAUCUGUCCCGAGGAGGGGAGAAUUUCAUCGGGAAGCUGAGGUCCAACCUCCUGGGGAACCGCUUCACGGUCUUUGACAACGGGCAGAACCCACAGCGUGGGUACAGCACUAAUGUGGCAAGCCUUCGGCAGGAGCUGGCAGCUGUGAUCUAUGAAACCAACGUGCUGGGCUUCCGUGGCCCCCGGCGCAUGACCGUCAUCAUUCCUGGCAUGAGUGCGGAGAACGAGAGGGUCCCCAUCCGGCCCCGAAAUGCUAGUGACGGCCUGCUGGUGCGCUGGCAGAACAAGACGCUGGAGAGCCUCAUAGAACUGCACAACAAGCCACCUGUCUGGAACGAUGACAGUGGCUCCUACACCCUCAACUUCCAAGGCCGGGUCACCCAGGCCUCAGUCAAGAACUUCCAGAUUGUCCACGCUGAUGACCCCGACUAUAUCGUGCUGCAGUUUGGCCGCGUGGCGGAGGACGCCUUCACCCUAGACUACCGGUACCCGCUGUGCGCCCUGCAGGCCUUCGCCAUCGCCCUCUCCAGUUUCGACGGGAAGCUGGCCUGCGAGUGACCCCAGCAGCCCCUCAGCGCCCCCAGAGCCCGUCAGCGUGGGGGAAAGGAUUCAGUGGAGGCUGGCAGGGUCCCUCCAGCAAAGCUCCCGCGGAAAACUGCUCCUGUGUCGGGGCUGACCCCUCACUGCCUCUCGGUGACCUCCGUCCGCUCCCCAGCCUGGCACAGGCCGAGGCAGGAGGAGCCCGGACGGCGGGUAGGACGGAGAUGAAGAACAUCUGGAGUUGGAGCCGCACAUCUGGUCUCGGAGCUCGCCUGCGCCGCUGUGCCCCCCUCCUCCCCGCGCCCCAGUCACUUCCUGUCCGGGAGCAGUAGUCAGUGUUGUUUUAACCUCCCCUCUCCCCGGGACCGCGCUAGGGCUCCGAGGAGCUGGGGCGGGCUAGGAGGAGGGGGUAGGUGAUGGGGGACGAGGGCCAGGCACCCACAUCCCCAAUAAAGCCGCGUCCUUGGCCAAGCGGAGCGGUGGUUCCUCAGCGCGUGCGGAGAACGAGGCGGCAGGAGGCGUCCGAGGCGCGGGCUGGAAGCCUCAACCCCCGUCCCACUCCCGCCCAGGCCCCGGGCGCUCCCGCGUCCCCUACCCGCGCCCGUCGCGGGUCCUACCGAAACUCGGCGGCCGCACAGCGUCGAGACGCCCCCCGCGGCGGCCCGGGGAGCCGGGGCGAAAGGGAGGGUCCCGGAGGUCGGGGAAGAGGGAGAAAGGGAGAAGAAAUUCGAGAAACUAGCUACGCGGGGAGAACCAGACAAACCGGGUCCCGGCAGGGCGGGCGCAGCCGCCAGGGCGGAGCCGGGUCUGGGGCCCCGGGAGUGGGGGGCAGGCCCGCGAGCUGGAGGGUACGCUCCGCCUUGGCGGCUCGGGACUAGGGUGGAGGGGCCGGGAGCCCCGGGGCCCGUGCGCUCCGGCUCUGCCGGGCUCCUCGUGACGCGGCACCCACGGCCCCCGGCACCGACGGGAGCCCUGCCCCCGAGGCGAGGGCUCCGCCCUCGGCCCCGCCCCAGGCCGGAGCCCCAAAUUCCGGCGGGUGCCCGGGAGCGGGGCGAGGCCCGGAGCGCAGGGGGAGGAAGGCAGCUCCGCACGGGCGGGCGAGGAGCGGGGCGCCCAGGCGCGCGCCAGCCGGGGUGGCCGGGUCGCGAGGCCGCGGGGUAGGCGGCCCGAGCGCGGCUGGACGGCCCCGCCCCUCCCGGCCAGCACCGCCCCCUGCGCGCCCCGCCCCCUCCU